UCAGUUCUAAUCCAACGGGCGACGGAACAACAUACCGUGUGUGCUGUGUUCGCUGGAGGCGCGACUGUAAAUAUUUAAAAAUUGAAAAACAUAUUCAUAAUCGGCCCAGGCCAAAACACUGCGAGAAAUUCCAGCAGCGAAGUGUUUUCGAAUGAGUGGUUUCAAAGUGACCGGUGUGAGCCAAUGUCGUGUUUUGUGCCCCUACACACAAAGGAAAAUCUAUUAAAUAUAAUCAUAACAAAUGCAUUUGAUAUAUAAAAGUUUGAAAGUUAAAUAAAAAAAUAAAGUUAAAAGUGCGAAGUGAGUUGAUACCGUUUCUGUUUGUGUUUGCCUUGCCGGAGCACGCGUGUGUCUGCGUUACCUUGGACAAGAAUAAACCAUCCAAACAUCCUGCAGCAUCCGCGCAUCCAAACAUCCAAGUAGCCCGGGCAUCCAUCUACUUGGCCAUUGUGGUUGUUCUUGGCUGUUCUCCUCGGCGCGGCCCCUCGCUCAUCCUCAUUCUGAAUCCUUGGCGCAGCAGAUUCUAGUUGGUGGCCUACUCUGAAGAAAAUGUCUUAAUAGAGAUGGCCAAACUUUCACGACGUGCCUCGUCGUCUGCAGCAACGCCCUCCACAGCAAGAACAGCAACUACUGCAACAACCGGAUUGACAUCAGUCAAUCCAAGUCAUGCCACGCAGCAAGCAAAGGUGCAACAGCAUCAUCUGCAGCAGGAGCAGCCACAGCAACGGAUUGCCCGUCGUGCCGCCAGCAACAGCAAUCGAAUCCAAGCAGCGGCUCUCAUUGACACGAGUCAUGAUGUCCUGCAUGAGAAUCCACCGCCACCACCGACACCGGCGACGCUUUCGAACAGCAGUAGCAACAGUAACAGUAACAGCAGCUACCACAGUAACACUGCCACGCCCACAGCACCCGCCCAUGCCCACGUCACGGCCACGCCCUAUAUGCCGCUACUGCCGCCGGGCGAGCGGAAUCUGACGGAGGCGGAAAACGCGGCGGAGCGGGCCAGGAUACGGGAGGAGUUCUUUGCCACGUACGACGUGAUGACGGGCGUCAGGAUCGCUGCCACUUUGGGCGGCUUCUUUGGCCUGAUGGUGUUCUUGAUCGUUUGGAAGAGUCGCAGCAGCAGCAACGAGACGAUGAAGGUGCUCAAGGAUCCGAAAAUGGCUGCCGUUGCGGCGGUGUGCAUGCAGGAGGAGGAGGAGCGAGAAAUACACGACGCCAUCGUAGCCACGGGUAUGUCCAUUUAUCCGGAUGAGUACGAUGCAAUGGUCUACCGCCGACAGCGGAUGCUCUCACUGGGCAAUGUGAGUGCUCCGCCGCUGCUGAAUCGUGGAUAUCGGUGUGGUUCGAUGGGUGGCGUUGGUGUGGGCGCUCCAGCGGGCUAUAGCUACCUGCUAGAGCCACCGCGUCGCUUCUCCUACUCCUCAAUGUCCGGCGCAGGAGGUCAUGUGGGACGUCGCAAGAGUGGGUCGGAGUCGUCGCGCAUCUUCAGUAACUAUCCAAUGGGCGGCAGCUUUGGCACGGACGACUAUUUCGUGGAGACGGAGGACGAACUGGAUGCGGAGGAGUACAUGCAACCAGGUGCCGCGGAUGAGCCCGAUCACCAGCACCAGAGAACGGAUUCCACGCGCAGCAAGCCGGGAUUUCUGUCCGUACCGAUGGCGGGGCAGGACUCACGGCGAAGUAGUGCCAUGACCUGCUGCAGUACCGAUAGCUCCUACUUGGAGCGGCGCACGUCUGCCUACAUGGGCGGUUGCAUGGGCAACCUGCCGCCCACGCUGCAACGGAAGCUAUCAACUGCCUCGCGGACUUCGAGUAUCGAUAACUGGGACUACUACUACCCGGACAUUCAGGUGAUCCAGCCCACACCCAAGGCCUCGCCAUGUCCCUCGGAGCGCAGUGUCCACGAAGGAUCGGGAUCGGGUUCUGCGAGCGGAUCGAGGACGUCCAAUCUCAGUGCAUCCAAUGUCAAGCGGAAGCACAGCAUUGUGUCCUAUGAUCCGCACAGUGCCCAGGCGGGUAGGAAGCAGCAGAUCCACUCCAUCAGCGCGGACACUGUGGACGUCUAUCCGUACAACCAGGAGAGUAGCGUGGACCUGGCUUUGGCUCUGCCACUUCCCAAGCCUGUGCAGUCUGCCCCGCCCACCAGUGCCCACCAGGCGUUCCACUUCUGCGACUCGCCAUCCGAGGAACUGCGUCUGGGUGUGCGACGAAAGCUCACGCUGGUGGAGCUGCAGCACAACGAGAGCAACAACAACAGCUUUCCGUACACGGCCAAUGCGGCGGUUCCGGCCGGAGCGCCGGUCACGGCAGCCAGCUCCAGUAGUAUCAGCGUGGACAGCACUCCGGUGAGUCUGGAGCGGUUAAAUGGCGCGGGGAGCUGCGGAAGCGCCAGCCUGGCCACCAUUUCCGCGUCCAACAAACUGCCGCCGCUGGGCAAUAACAAUCCGGAGAAGCGAGCGCCGCUGGCCUCACUAAGUUCCUUCAAGAUCUCCUCGCUGGAGUGUCCCGACUCCGAGCUGCGCUCUCUGGAUGAGGACUCGGUCUUUGGGCUGGAGAGUCCGGCGGACACGGACGAUGACAUGCAGCAGCUGAGCAGCGACAGCGAGGAGCAGGAGGCGGCAGCCCACGCAGCCCAAGUCCAGGCCGCCUCGAUCCGAGCUAGUGGCGAAACCAAGCCCAGUACUGUGCUGCAUGCCUUGCCAGUUAAACGGAUGAGCCUGAGUGCGGUGCCCUCUGCGGGAUUGACGAGUGCUGCCCUGACUAGUGGUGGUGGUGGUGCUCGGCCCCGGCGACCGCUGCUCCAACGACAUCGCACCAUCAGUGUCACUUCCAGCGACCGAGUGGCUCUUAUCAAUCAGCCUCUGCAACAGUUCCACAUGGGCUUGCCCAUCCAGUCGGAGGCGCCACCGCUGGAAACCCACUUUGGGGCAGUGGUGAGCCAGAGUCCACCCAGGCGGGGACCUUUGCUGCAGCAGUACAGCGAUCCGCAGACGACGACGACGACUACAACGACCACCACCACGGAGGAGGACACCUGCUCCACCCUGAAUACCGAGCUCGGGUUGGUGGAGGCGUCUGGAGUAACUCUCGGCGGUGCCGAGUCCGCCACCCACACUCAGUACAGCAGCCUCAACACGGUAAUCAGCAUGGGCCGGUCCACGCCCAGUCCCGUUCCCGUUUCUGUUCCUGGUCUGGCCAUACGGAUGGACAAUAAUGCCGCCACCCAAGCCACACAGCAGCCAGCUCAACUGCCAACAAACGCCAUCCGGCUGGGACACGAUCCCUGCCCCUCUUCCGUGUCCGACUCGGUGAUAACGACGCGGCAGCAGAGCAUCUGUGUGCCCGCCUCCCUUAAGGAUCUGAUCCUGCGCAAGGGAUCUGGUCCCGCCACAGUUCCCACCGGCGGUAUCACUCGGAGUGCCGCCAAUCUGAGCUGUGAAGGUGGAGUCACUGCAUCAACCACAACGACUGCGACGCCCGCCGUCAUGCUAGAGCUUCCCCUAAUCCGCCUUCCCCACGAGGACGAGGACCAGCAGGAGCAUCACGCCCACUUGGAGCGGGAGGGCGGAGGCUUGGACGGCGAAAAGCGCGAUCCCAGCCUGCCCGGCACUUCCAGGAAAUGGUCCAAGGAGACACUCUUCUAGCCCAGCUGGUUUCCACUGCUCCAACAAAGGCAGUUCCCUGGGCCGGGCCACUAAUUAAGAGCUUAGCAACUGACUUUGUACGCAUGGUGAUGGGAUCUACGGUGAAAACUUCCCUGAGAAGGACAUGGACUUUUUCAUUUUUAAAGUACUUCGAAAAUGUUUAGGAAAAUGUAAAACUUUCUGCAGGUUCCAAAUUAACACCAUUUUAAAAUAGACUUUAAAAUGGAAACCGAUUUUCAAAAAAUGUCCUUUUUGAGGGGAGUUUUCGCUGUAAUUCAGGUUGUUGAAUGGUCUGGCAACCAACAUCCUGGGUUGCUCGAGACCCGAAACCCGGAACUAUGAAACGCGAGUAUUGAUGAGUAUUUAGGUAUAGAUAAGGAGGAUUAGCUUAAGCGCAUUUAGUCAAAAUAUAAGUUAGUUCGGUCUGGCACAAGGAGUCACAGUACAGUAGUACAUGCCUACUAAUCAUGUAUAGACCGAUCGGGACGAGGAUGUGGGUAAUGAACAACAACGUAUUCGUACUUAGAGACUGUUGUCUAUUAUUGUUAAUAGAACUCUAAAAGUUAAGUAGUGAUACUCGGAUUUAUUUUUCACACUUUAUCUGUAAAACAAAUCUGUGCAGGCGUACGAAUAUAUAUAUUUGUAUGCGGCCCCAUACUAAAGAGAAAGUUUAUACAUAUAUUUCUAUAGAUAUAUCGCAAGUCGCCACCAUAUAUCGGUCUUUCUGUCUCUAUCUAUAACUCUCCCUGUUACGGAAUGAAAACUCUUCUAGUGUCUUAACCAGCAGCCAAAUACUUAAAGUAUUGUAAUUUAGAAAUUUUAUAGAGUGCACCACAACGUCGCAUCGAAUCGAGCGAUAUCGUGUUAUCCUUGCAACAAAAGUACUCUGACAGAAGACCUUAAGGACCUCGAGGGGUCCGCCCGAAGAUGCCUAAAUGUCUUUAACGCGUAGCUAGACAAAAGGUGCAGACUUUCCAGGAACAUUUUCGCAUUUCCCCGCUCCUGUCUGUUCGAAAACGAAUUGUUGUUGGAUAUAUAAUAGAGUUGUUGUCAGAAUAUAAAGUUAGAAAGCGAUUAUAGAAAUUGUAAACCAAAUAAAAGAGCAGAACAUGUAUGUAAACAAUUUCCUAACUCAUCCCACCUACGCAUCUCUAUUUUUCUAUGAAAAGCUAUAGCCAAGGGAAGGGAAAUAAAUCAAAUAACUCGGAUUAUUCAAAUCAAAAUACCCAAUUAGUGGUCGAGAGGCAAGAUAAUAUGAUAGAUCUGCAUUUUGAGGUGCCCCAGCCCCCCAGAGACUUUCUCACACGCCUGAGCCUCAGCCUGAGCCUGAUUUGUACCUAUCCUAUGCAUAAGUAUAUAUUUAUAUACACCACACAUGUAUAAAUCGAGCCCUAUUUGAAUAUUUUUUAAUACUAGUAAGUAUUUUGUACGACGAGAUCAACUCGAAAGGCGCCUAGGAAAUGGAAAUGGUAUAUCAAAAGGAAACCCCCAGAAACACAAACAUUUAAUUGUUGGUUAUAUGCUGAAGAACGUAAGCGUAAAUGAAAAUUCGUAAAUGAAAAUAUUGUAAUUGUAGCGUUGAUUUGUUUCAAAUGAGCAAACAUAUACAUAUAACUAAUAACGUAGAUAAAUAUACAUACCUAUAUUUAAUGAAACCAAUGAGCAAACCUAACUUGUGUAAGUCAAAGAGUAGCGGAACCAAUUGUUAAACCUAAGCAUAAUAAAUCUGUAAUAAAACUGA